UCAAACACCUGUGGUUCGUAAUAAUAAUAGAUUUAGACGUGAUGUAAGAACACUGGAAGAAGAGGAAGAGAUGUGGUUUGAUCAAGAUGAUGAGGCUCAGGAUAAUGAAUCACCUACAGUACCUGAUAUCUUAAAAAAUAAACUAGAUAAUGACUUUGAUCAACUCAAUAAAAUAUUAGAAAGUAAAAAAGUUGUCAAAGAGGCUGCAGAGGCUAAAGAAAGUUCACCUAAACUCAUAAACAAAGCCUGUACAAUCAAUAUUGCAUUAAAAACCAACAGCCCAGUAUCCAGUCCAGUUCAUUCACCAGGCAGUCCUCAUUCUCCUGGAAGUCCUGAGAAUCCCAAGAGUCCUGGAAUCAGUGCUAAUAAUUCCAAUAGUAAUAGUCCUGCUAUUAAUUGUAUCACACCUACACCAACCCCUCUAUCUUCACCUAAUAAUUCACCUCUCAUUGAGAAAGCUUCUAACGCUGUAACCAAAAAGCCUGGUCUCGUGGGAUUAGUGGAUUACCCAGAUGAAGACUCAGACGAAGAGGAAGAGUCAGACCCUAUAGCGCCAUCAGCCAAACGUGCUCGUAUUGGAACGUAG